AUGAAAGGCAAAUUAGCGCUAGUUGUAGUAGAUUUGCAAGAGGACUUCUUGCCAGAUAAUGGAUCGUUGGCUGUAGCUGAAGGAAGGUCCAUUGUUCCAUUAAUUAAUGAAUUGCUUAAUACAGAAAAAUACCGGUGGUCUGCAGUGAUUGCAACUCAAGAUUGGCACCCAGAAGAUCAUUGUUCGUUUGCAUCACAGCAUAAAGUUUCUCCGUACUCAGAGAUGGAAUUUAAGCAUCCUCUUGGAGAGCGGGAUACGAAUGGUGAGAUAAGGACGCAAAUGCAAGUUGUGUGGCCUGAUCAUUGUAUUCAGAAUUCGUUUGGAUCAAAACUUGAUCCACAGUUCGAAGCUGCAUUCAAUCAGCUAGACCCGAAUAUUCCUAGGACAAUUGUGAAGAAAGGGUACUUGAAGGACAGGGAAUACUAUUCCUGUUUUCAAGAUUGUUGGAAACUACACAAGACCGAAAUGCAAGACUAUUUGCGAAAUCUUGGUAUCAGCGAUGUUGUCUUUGUCGGAAUUGCCUACGACUUUUGCGUUUUGAACUCAGCUCUUGAUUGUGCAAAGUCAGGUUUCAAUACGUAUGUCAUUAAGGAUUGCUGUAAAAGUGUGUUUCCUGACAAAGUGUUGGCUACAGAAAAAAUAUAUGCUACUGAAAACGUGAAAAUUAUAUCAACAGAGGAUUUAUCGUUCAAUGAACAUAAAUAA